AUGUCCUCCCCCUCCAACCAUCCAGAAACCCCUCCCUCCCUCCACCAUGCCCUACAAUCCCUCCCCCAAGAGCUGCGCGACAUAAUCUACACCCAAACUUUCACCGCCCCAUCCGACACGCAAAAACUCACCCCAACCAACAAACCCACCAACCUCCACCUCCUCCACAUCUCCUCCGCCUCUCGCGCUCUCUACGCCGAAUCCUACUACCGCACCACCUGGAGACUGCAUCAAAAAUUCAAUCUCAUCGCCUGGCUCAACCUCCUUCCCGUAGAACAUCGCAGACUUUUGAGGGAGAUUAUCGUGGAGUCGGACGCUUUCGAUGAGGAAACCGCGGCAAAAGAGCGCGAGGAGAGGGAGAUGAAGAGGAAUGGAAAGCAAAGUGAGGCUGCUGCUGCUGCUAAGAGGAGAAUGUUGUGGGUGGCUGAGAAGCGUUGGGAGCAUGAGAAGGAUCGGCUCGGUUGGGAGCAUGUGAUGACGGACCUGGAUGUCAAAUGGCCAAUUUUGAGGGAUGUGGAGAUGGUGGAUGGCGAGAAUUCGAGAGGGUUGAGGGUGUUGAUGGAGAAGGUUGUUUUGGGGAGGGUUACGAUGGAUGUAGAGGACGGAAAGGACUAA